AUGGCUUUCAUCACCAAUGAGGAAGGGUAUGAAUUUUAUCAACAAUAUGCAAGAUCAGCAGGUUUUGGUAUUACCAAGCUCAAGCGGAAGCCGAUGUCGCGUCUGUAUGCAUGCUCCCGGGGAGGUGCCAGUACAUCUUACAAGCCUGGGGAGGAACGCAAACGUGCGAAAAUGUCCAAGAAGGUUAACUGUGGGGCAGCUGUUAAAAUCAAGAAAAGGGGGAAAGAAUGGAUAUAUGAGAAAGUGAUGUUGGAGCACAAUCAUACUCUGAAUCCUAAUCCAUCUGAAUUGAAGCACAUGUAUUCACAUAAGAACAAAGAUCCUCUUAUCAUGGAGGUUGUUGAUGAUCUGCAGACCUGUGACGUCUCUCCUAAUACAACAAUGAAUGUGUUGACCCAUUUUCAUGGCAACUAUGAGAUCAUGCCAAUGAAUGAUCGUGACUUGCGAAAUAGAAGAGCAGCCAAUGUACUUAAGAAGCGAGCUGAUGAUGUAAAAAAACUUAGGGCCUUCUUCAAUGAGUUCAGAGCACAUAACAGUAAAUUCUAUUAUGAUAUAGAGGAUGACUCCGAGGGCGUUACGAAGAAUAUAUUCUGGAGUCAUGCUAGCUGCCAGGCAAACUAUGCUGAGUUUGGUGAUGUGGUUACUUUUGAUACAACAUAUAAGUGUAAUUUUUACAAAAUGCCGUUGGCGAUGUUUGUUGGGAGCAACCACCACUUGCAGAAUGUCAUUUUUGGGUUUGCACUCCUCCGUGACGAGACAGAGGAAACAUUUAAAUGGGUUUCCCAGACUUUCAAAACAUGCAUGGGAGACAAGGAACCUCAUUGCAUACUUACAGGUAUUGUUGAGCACUUCGUGGCUACAUACAUGUCGUUUCAACCAAUAUGGUAA